AUGACCCCACGGGGUAGGCGGUUCGUCAAACAGCAGCUGCCAAAUGGAGAUGGCAACGAUUUUGACACUGGCUUGCACAAGCUUCCUGGCCCCACGCCACUGUUGCAGAUGAAUGCUGGCAGAUGUACGAUAAUCGUGAUCUUCCUGCGCUGCUGGCAUCUCGGCGGCACGGUGGAUCCCCAUCCAAUGGUCGAUGAGCCUUUGCAGAAGGCCCGUCACAUUUUCCUCAACCCGGACAAUCCUCUGGAACGGCUGAAGUACGUCGGUACGGAGCUCACGUCCAUGGGGCGCUACCAGCAAGACACCAGGGCCCGAUUCCUGGACGCCAUUACGGUGCUACACGGCAGUGCGAGUGGCAAUGCAGAGGAGCUGGCGAAAAGUCUGAUGCGAGACCUCAUUGCACUUGGACUGCAAUCCAUCGUGAGAAUGUUGGAUGACUUCGUCCAGAAGACUGUCAUCUUCGUGGUGUCCACGUGCGGGCUGGGCGCAUAUCCGGCCAGCUGCAAGCAGACCCGGCUGAAACUCCAGUCUCCAGAUCUGCCAUGGCUUGGGCUAGCAGCGUUUUCGGCGUGGGCGACUCCACUUACUACCAGUUCUGCGUGGCCGCUGCCGGCUUCUGCAUCACCAUGCGGCUUGGCAAAGCCACCAUUAGCGAUGUUGACAUCAUCACACCCGGUGCCAACAGACUCGCGCUACAACAUGCUGACAGGUGAUGGUAAGUACGACCGUGACAUGCGGCAUUAUGAGUUCAAGAUUGAGGGCACUAACGUUGCUCACAAGACAGGCGAGCGCCUUAAAGACAAGGCCCUGGUGUUCUUCUCGAAGGGUUUGCUGGAUUUCCUGCACCUGUACAUUGCACUUCAGCUGGUGCGUUUCCCAUUUGGCUCCGAUGCUAGUUGA